CAAUAGAAUGGAAAGGGAGGCGGAGCAAGUGGAACGCGGGAAGCAGUCGGGAAGGAGGAGGGGAACUGGAAGCUGUCGUAUUGUUGUAAGUUGUUUAGCUUCGAGCGCGGGAAAAGAGCGAAGAAGACGGCUGAGCGGCUACAACCAACCAACGGUCGUUAUAAAGAUACACAACGUUCCAUCCGCUUCAACACGUGGAGACUCGAGCCUUUUCUAACCGCAGCCACCACCGACCAGCCCUACAACUGAUCCCCGCCUGCAUCUUGCUAACUACUGCCCGUUUCUUUCUGCCUUUCGCUUAUUUCCCUUCCUGCCCUGAUCCCACGGUCUACGGAAAGGCAAACUGGGAUCCACCCCAGACGAAUUCUCCUUCCAUGGAGAACUUCCAGAAGGUGGAGAAGAUCGGUGAGGGCACUUACGGCGUGGUCUAUAAAGCAAAGAACAAAGUCACCGGCGAGGUGGUCGCGCUUAAAAAAAUUCGCCUAGACACGGAGACAGAGGGUGUUCCAAGCACAGCCAUCCGGGAGAUCUCCCUGCUAAAGGAAUUGAAUCACCCCAACAUUGUCAAGUUGCUGGAUGUGAUCCAUACCGAGAACAAACUCUACUUGGUCUUUGAGUUCCUGCAUCAGGACCUCAAGAAGUUCAUGGAUUCUUCAUCUGCCAUCAGUGGUGUAGAAUUGCCCCUUACCAAGAGCUACCUGUUCCAGUUACUGCAGGGCCUUGCCUUCUGCCACUCUCAUCGGGUGCUCCACCGGGACCUUAAACCACAGAACCUCCUAAUCAAUGCCGAGGGAGCGAUAAAACUGGCUGACUUUGGACUUGCUCGUGCAUUUGGUGUGCCAGUACGAACCUACACACAUGAAGUGGUGACCCUCUGGUAUCGAGCUCCAGAAAUUCUCCUUGGCUGCAAAUACUACUCAACAGCUGUGGACAUAUGGAGUCUAGGUUGCAUCUUUGCAGAGAUGAUAACCCGCAGAGCGCUCUUCCCUGGGGAUUCGGAAAUCGACCAGCUGUUCCGCAUCUUCCGCACUCUUGGCACGCCCGAUGAGGCUGUGUGGCCAGGGGUCACCUCGAUGCCAGACUACAAAUCCAGCUUUCCCAAGUGGGCCCGGCAGGACUUCAGUAAAGUGGUGCCACCUCUGGAUGAAGAGGGCAGAAAACUUCUAGCGCAAAUGCUGCAUUAUGAUCCCAACAAGAGGAUCUCAGCCAAGACUGCGCUCAACCACCCCUUCUUUCGAGAUGUCACGAAAGCUGUGCCACAUCUUCGCCUGUGAGAUGAGAUUGGAGCCAGCAAACCUGUCCUGUUGCAAACUCUGCAACAUGCCACUUCUUGGACUGUACCAGUUGCUUGCACUUAAAAACUUUUUUCACCAUCAUCCUGAAUGGAAUAUUGGAGGUCCAGUUCAGCACAGCCUGAACCUGUGGGUUUUGUUUUACUCCUGGAUUCAUUUUAAAGUGCUAGCUGAGCUUGAAGAGGCUGACUUGCAUGAGAAGAGAGAGGCUUCCAGCAGCUGCAGGAACUCUAGUUGCUCAGGAAGCUGUGGUUUUUUCCUCAUACUUCUUAUCUCCAGGAAUUCUGUCUUCUUCCCCUUGGUAACUUUUACAAAAUGUCUUUUUAUUGGCUGACUCCAAACCCAACUUCUUUUGCAAGGAUCAGCCUUGCAUUUGCUUGAGCAGACCUUGUUGUCAGUGGCUGGAGAUGGUCUUUCUGAUUUGGAUCAUGGGAAUUGGUUUUUAAAUGUAGGGUUGGUGCCUGCAUGGUGUACUGUUAUGCUAGCAGAGGUAACCACAAUUUCCUCCCAGAUUAGAUCUUCAGUGAGGACCAUGCACUUAAUUCUCCACUUCUUCACGAGCAGGAUGGAAUUUUUUACUCCUGGGUAAAGAAACUCUUUCAACAUUUGAACUGAUGCUUCUGUUUGCCCCAGUGAUAAUUGGUCAAAAUAGCCUGGUACUCUUUUCCUGAUGACAGUUGUUUGUGAUACCUGCUAGUUGAGGCCCACAAGAGUGUUUUGGAAAAAGAGGUGGGACUGUCAACGUUCAUUCUCUGAUACAGAAUGGAUUGCUAAUCGGCGAAAUGAACAGAUAGCAUGUUCAUUGGAGGAAAUAGGCAUUACCCCAUCCACCAUCUGACAUCCUGCUGUCUUGUCUCCUGUACAUAUAUUCCUUGUCUGGGUCAGUGACUUGCAGGUCUUUCCGUGUGUGCGGCCAGUUUGAAGACUGGGAUGGCGAUACUGUAAUUGCUUUGGUUACAAUGUUUUGCCAUCCCAUACUUGCUGCAACAGGCAUUUAGUUCAUUGCUCUUUGGGCUCAAACUUAAUUUCAAUAAACCAGCAAGCCCUCAGCUGGGGUGUAUCUGACUAGUAGUUUUAGCUUCAAACAUUGUGUUGUGCAAAAAUAAUUGUUAAAAAUUGUGUGCAUAUAACUUGUUAGCUUUUUGAAGUUCAGGAUAAAAAGGACAAAAUUACAGUUUUCUCCACCCCCUCCCCCUUAGAUCUUGGCCAAAAUAAUGCAACUCCUAUCCUGAAGUAGAAUUUACAUUUGUGAACUGUACUGUCCCAGCAAGCAGAGCUGGAAAUGUCAGCACCUCUGUCUCUGUGCCACUAUGUUCUGAAAGCACUCAAACUUUUCAGGUUAUUUCAGUUAAAUGCAAAGUGAUUUGAGAUGCAGUCCAACAUUAAUGGGGGGAGGGGAUCUAAACUUUAAAAGAAAAUCAUGAUUACUCUAAUAAAUUCCAUAUUGUGAUGAACUAUAAUUCUAAGCUUUCACAACUAUAGUUUAAUCAGUCACCUAGAAUGAGCUAGUAAUGAAAGCUUGUCUACAGAGUGAGGUCUUAACUAAAUGUGAAAUAUAAAACCCUUGAAGUCAGCCUCCACAGUGGAGUGGUGCUGCAAUAACUUGAACAAAGUCUUGUUGCCUUAUCCAUAAGCAGGUCUCUCGCCAGUUAUUUUUGGCAAAUCCCACACAUCAUCCAACAGUGUGAUUCUAAUAUGGUGCUGGUGUUUUAGGAGUUACACUGUAAUUCUUCCAGAAUGUGAACAGUCAUGCAAGUAAUUUGGUCUUUUACUACAACCAGUGUGUGAAAGAGCAGUGUAUGUUGUAUCUGCACAAAAACCUACCAGAUGAUGUGCUGUUGCUGAGCAUGGAGAGUGAGUGAGGCCACAUGAGUCCUGAAUGAAAACUUGUGAAUAAUGGGAGCUGAUCUUAUGGAGGAAACCCUCAAUGAGUCCAUAUUAUUGGGUGGUCUUCUGAAGGCCUGCUCCUGUUGCACCACUUGAAAUUCUUACUCUACAGGAACAUGGGAAGCUGCUUUACACCGAGUCAGACAAUUGAUCCACGCAGCUCAGUAUUAUUGACACUCACUCGCAGCUGCUCUCCAGGGUUUCAGACAAGACUUUUUCAAGCCCUACCCAGAGAUGUUGGGGCUGAACCUGGGUCCUUUGCCAUGCAAAGCAUGGUGCAUGACCACUGUGCGGCAGUUCUUCACUAUGGAAUCCUAAUUUUCCAUGCCAACCAAAAAGGAUUAAAAUGUCCUUAAGGAA